AUGCUAGACAGAAGAAGCAAUAUCGAUCAUCGUCAUGGUCAAAGCUGCGAGUGGAUUCAAGACAACGAGAUCUAUCAAAACUGGCAUGACAGCAGGGAUGGACUUUUGUGGAUAAAGGGUAGACCCGGAUCUGGCAAGUCGACCUUGAUGUCAUUCAUCUACAGCACCUUGAAAAAGGAUAUUGCGUCAAAGCAUAGCAUUUGUCUCGACUUCUUCUUCCAUGCUCGCGGAUCUGAACUCCAGAAAUCGCCACUCGGGAUGCUUCGGUGUCUUCUCAACCAGUUAUACACUCAAUCCGCUGCGAUUCGAGGCCCAAUACGCACUGCUUAUAAGGAAAAGCAAACUCAGUUUGGAUCUGCCGGGCGCAUUUGGCAAUGGCAACAACGAGAACUGGAAAAACUCUUGAUCGAGGCAGUCGAGGAAGCGGCGCAGUCACGACGAUUGAUCAUCUUCGUGGACGCUCUCGAUGAGGCCGGCAAGGAUGCCGCAAACACCGCAGAUUACUUUCACCAGCUGGAUGGGCGGCUCAGCAGAGUGCAGAAGAAAGUGAGCAUUUGCAUGUCUUCUCGCCACUAUCCUAUCACAUCCAGCAUGCCAAGCGUCGAAAUAACGGUAGAGCAUUACAACAGAAAAGACAUAAUGUCUUACAUGGAGAAAACGUUACGAGACAGCACACUUAAAGCUGUUCCACAUGAUGACUUUUCGGAUUGGAACGACUUUGUAACAGAGAUUACUGAGAGGGCGGCCGCCGGAGGCAUCUUCCAAUGGGCCCGUCUGGUCGCUCCCCUGGCGCGCAAAUAUCUACUUGACGGUCAUUCCCCGCUAGAGAUUCGUCAACGACUAGGAGAAGUGCCGGCAGAGCUCGAUUCUGUUUACAGGCACAUUCUUCAACAUGUGAUCGACGUUGGCAACCGAAAACGAUCCUUACGUCUGUUUCAGUGGGUCUGUCUGGCCUUCCGACCAUUGUCGGUCACUGAACUGCAGUUUGCACUAGCUGCUGAAGAUGCUAUGUCUUCACCGUGCAGGCUCCGUUGUCAGGAUACCCACAGUUUUGUUGAUUCUGAUGAACGAAUGAAGAAAUGUAUUGUGAGCUGGUCCGGUGGACUCAUGGAAGUUGUUCCUGGAUCUAGGCGGGACAUGUUGUCCACAUUGCCCGAUAAGCGCAUUUACGUGGACCAAGUGCAGGUGAUCCACCAGUCCGUCAAUGACUUCUUCACAUCUAAGCCUGUGAAUGAACCCUUCAUCACAUGCGGACUGUCCCUCCUGUCUUCGCUGGCUGAGGUUGGUCAGGAAUGGCGGCACAACGAACCAAAGGCGUGGAAUCCAGGCUAUUCAAUAUAUGAAAGCCAUGCUGUUCUAUUUCGGGGUUGUCUCAACUACUUGGGUUCGGAAGAAUUGCGCAUAAAGGGUGACAAAUAUGGCGGGCCAUGCAUUGAGCCACUACCGCCAUUUCUUGAGUAUGCAGCCUCCCAGAUCUUCCACCAUGCAUCUUGCUCGGAGGGAACGUACUUCUUCUGUCACGAGAGACAUUUAUUCUUGAAGCACAUGAACGAAAUAUUACCUACUUGGCUCGAAGUGUGCCAUCUAGUGGUGGCCUGGAGGCACUUGCAUUUCGAUGAUAAGUGUCCUACUUUGCUGCAUGUUGCGUCUACACUUGACCUCAUCGAAUUGGUCACGGGCUUACUUGAGGAUGGAACCAGUCAUGAACAGCAGGACCAACACGGAAGACGUCCCUUACAUUAUGCAGCCAGAGCCGGCAGUAUGCGCGUGGCCCAGGCACUCUUGGCUGUUGGAGCAGAGAUUGAAGUCAAUUGUGACAAAAAUGAAACGCCCUUGAGCCUCGCAGCCAGCGUGGGUGAGGCGGACAUGGUCACACUGUUGCUCACACACGCCUUACAGACGAAUCAAACGCUAGGCUCGUUGGAUGCUGCCUUACUGGCCGCUGCAGAGGGGGGCAGCAUAGACCAUCAACCAGAGGGCUGCCUAGCCGUUGCCCGCCUUUUGCUUACCGCUGGAGCUAAUGCGAAUGCCGAGGGCGGCCAAUGGGCUAAUCCUCUACAGACGGCGGUAUGGGGUGGUGAUGUGCGACAGGUCCAACUACUUAUCGAGAAAGGAGCCAAGGUCAAUGCCCAGGGCGGUCAGUUCAAUACUGCAGUAAUAGCGGCGUCGUAUAUGGGUGAAGUGGAAAUGGUCCGACUGCUGAUCAAGCACGGGGCAAAUGUCAACGCUCAGGGCGGUGAAUACGGUACGGCACUACAACUGGCCUCGGGGAAUGGCCAUGAGGACGUUGUCCGCCUACUUGUUGAAAACGGAGCCGGUGUGAAUACUAAAUGGGAGGGUUAUGGUACGGCGUUGGACGCUGCUUGUCUUGAGGGUCAUCUAGAAGUAGCGAAAUACUUGAUCGAGAAUGGGGCGGAUGUGACUUUGGCUGCGGUAGGUACUAGGCAAGCCGAGGAUUUCAAUAGACUUUUGCGUGACAUGGGAAGGACAGAAAGAUUUCGGGAAGUGGACUGA